CUUACCGUUUCAUAUCCAAAACGAAUAUUUAGAAGCUCAACAACGCAAACUUUUCUUUAUGCUCUGAAAAAAAUUCUGAGGUUCUUCUAAAGAUCACAUUUUGUUCAUACCCAGAUAAGUUUUAUUAAUUUUCAUCCCAUUUUCUCUGAUUUUUCUCAUAUUUCUUAUAAAAAAUUAAAAAAAACUUGUAUUUUGAAGAGAGAAUUUGCCUUGUAGCUGCAUAAGAAUCAUCCACAUCUCUCUCCUUUUUUAUUGAUUUUUUUUUUGUUUUUAAUAGCAUAUAUUGUAUGCAUCAAAAGGGUAGCUUAUUUAGGGGAAAUUAAAAUAAAGUUGGGAUUUUUAGUUUUUCAGUUUUUGUAUAUUUUUGUGUCAAUUUCUGUGUCAAGUUUCACACAGUGAAGGUGUUUGUGUGUGAAAGUUUCUUGUGUGAAAGUUGUUGGAAGUUUUUCACACAGUGAAGGUGUUUGUGUGUGAAAUUACUUUGUGGGUUUGAAAAUAGAAACUCUAUUAAGAACUUAUCUUUCAUAUGUUAAGUUGUUAUUGAUUCUACAAUGGGUAAAAAAUCCGGAAAAGAUAAGAUACAAGUCGGGUCAAGAUCUGUCGAAAACACUACCCGAAAAACAUACGAUGACGACACAGAAAUCUUCAUUUCAAUGGCACAAGAACACAAAGAAGAAGGUAACAAGUUAUUUCAAAAGAAAUACUACGAAGCCGCGAUAUCAAAAUACGAAAAAGCUCUAAAACUCCUUCCAAAAAACCAUAUAACCGUCUCAUAUCUUCAUAGCAGCAUUGCAGCGUGUUAUAUGCGAAUGGGUAUAACCGAAUUCCCGAGGGCUAUUCACGAGUGCAACUUAGCACUUGAAGUCACACCCAAGUACAGUAAAGCGUUGUUAAAACGCGCUAGGUGUUACGAGGCGUUAAAUAGGGUCGAUUUGGCUUUUAAAGAUGUUAGCGUCGUGUUGGAUAUGGAGCCGAAGAAUGUUUUAGCGAUUGAGAUUGCUGAUAGAUUGAAACUGCUUAUGGGGGAAGAGUUGACCAAUGAAAAGUCAAACAGUCAAACAGUCAACGAAGAAACACGAGAAGAGCAGAGUGAAAAGCGCGAACGGGUUGACGAAAAGGAAGAUUUGGGUGAAAGUAAUGAGAAAAUUAGUGAGAAAAUCGAAAGUGAAAAUGGCGAAAAUGACGAAAAAGAGGCUGAAGAUAAGUUGGUUGUGGAGGAGAAGAUAAGCGUGUUUAGCAACGACAACGGGCCAAAAAUGAACAUUAAGUUAGUAUACGGAGACGAUAUACGAUGGGCAAAGAUCCCGUUUAACUGUGAUGUUUUCGCGUUACGAGAAAUAAUAUCCGAUCGGUUUCCGUUAUCAAGGGCUGUUCUAAUGAAAUACCGAGACCAAGAAGGCGAUAUGGUGACGGUAACCACAAACGAAGAGCUACGAUGGGCUGAGUCAGCGUCGGGUCAAACGGGUUCAGUCAAACUGUACAUCGUGGAAGUCAACCCGGAGCAAGAUCCGUUUUUCGACCAUGUUAGAAGGCAAAAACAGAAGCAAAAGGUUCAGAACUCUUCAUCUUGCAUUGACGACUGGAUUCUCGAAUUUUCGCAACUUUUCAAGAAUUACGUCGGGUUCAAUUCGGACGAUUAUCUGAACCUGCACGAAGUCGGUAUGAAGCUAUACACCGACGCGAUGGAAGAUACGAUAACAAGCGAAGAAUCGCAAGAACUGUUCGACAAUGCGGCCGAUAAGUUUCAAGAAAUGGCCGCCUUGGCGUUGUUUAACGUAGGAAACGUUCACAUGUCGAAAGCGAGAAAACGUGCAGACUUUGAAGAGAACUUUUCGCAUGAAUCGUUGACUUCGCAUAUUAAAGAUUUAUACGAAUGGGCGCAAAUCGAGUACUCAAAAGCGGGUCAUAUGUAUAACGAAUCGGUCAAAGUCAAACCCGAUUUCUAUGAAGGUUUACUAGCUUUAGGACACCAACAAUUCGAGCAAGCGAAACUUUCAUGGUAUUACGCAAUCGGAACGAAAACCGAUCUUCAAAAGUGGGAUCAUAAACAGGUUAUCGAACUUUAUAACAAAGCCGAAGAGAAUAUGGAAAAGGGUAUGAAGAUGUGGGAGGAUGCGAUGAAUAUGGAGAAACCGAAAGAUGAUGGGGUUGAACGCGUGGCGAAUAUGAGGUCGUUGAUAAACGUUUUGUGGGGUACGAUGUUGUAUGAAAGAUCGAGUAUGGAGUAUAAGCUUGGGCUUCCGUAUUGGCAUGAAUGUUUGGAGAUUGCGGUUGAGAAGUUUGAAGUUGCGGGUGUUUCGCUUACGGAUAUUGCUGUGAUUGUCAAGAAUCAUUGUUCGAAUGAUGCUGCACCCGAAGGAUUAGGUUUCGACAUUGACGAGAUAAUACAAGCAUGGCAUGAACUGUAUGAAGUGAAAAGAUGGCAAAGUGGCGUUCCGUCUUUUCGAUUAGAGCCACUGUUUAGACGACGAGUUGCUAAACUCUUUUACGACAUAGAACAUGUACAACAAUGACCAUUUCAAGAUCACUAUCACACGAAAAAAGAAAAAAAAAACAUAUUCCAUUUCUUGGUAGCCAGCCAUAUGACACGUUUAUAAAGUCGUGGCAGCUUCCAACUCAGCGUUAGACAUGUAGAAGGUGCUACAUUAUAUUUGUUUCAUCGCGAAGAGUAGUAGUUGAUAAUACGAGUUUUAGUUACAAAAUGGUUGAUAAGUUGAAAAAAAAUAUAUUUUAUUGAGUGCAUUUGUUUUAGGGUCAUGUAGACUGACUAUAGAGUCAUUUUGGGUUAAUGGCUUGUAAGUUUUCUUCAUUUGGUGAUUCUAUUUGGUAUUAAACAAAAUGUUUUCAGUCGGUUUAUUUAUGCAA